UCAGGCUCCCCAAUAUGGCCCUGCCCCCACGCCUGGGCCCUACACCCCCCUCAGAGCCCUUCAGCCACCCGCCUGGAGCCCCUAGGGAACUGAACGCAUCUGGAUGCACCAUCUGCUCUGCCUCUGGAGAGGAGAGAAUCAGGUCAGAACAGGCCCAGAAGCUGGGGCAGGACUCCUUGGACCCCCCCGAGCCCUUCCAGGGUGGGCCGAGGGGCACUGAGUCUGCUGCUGGCCUCCCCAGAUUGCCAACGCCCCCUUCUCAUGAGGACUCGGCUGGGGCCAAACACCGUGAGCGCCCCAUCUCUGGCCGGGAAGUAUUGGAGGCUGAGCAGGACAGCCUGCAUCUUUGCCUUUUGGGGCUGGGCCUCCGGCUGCAGGACCUGGAGCAAGGCCUGGGGCCCUGGGCAUCAGCCCAGAGCAGGAUGGUCCAGCUGCAGGCCCUACAGGCGGACCUGCGUGGGGCAGCUGAACGUUUAGAUGCACUGCUGGUGUUCGGUGAGGGGCUGGCACAGCGGAGUGAGCCUCAGGCCCGGGCAUCCCUGGAGCAGGUCCUGAGGGCCUUCAGAGCCCAUCGAGACAGCAUCUUCCGGCAGCUGUGGCGGCUGCAGGCCCAGCUAGUCAGCUACAGCCUGGUGUUUGAGGAGGCCAGCACACUGGAGCAGGACUUGGAGGUCGAGGGGGACUCAGACGGGACAGGACCUGGUGGGGUCUGGGGGCCCUGGGCACCCAGUAGCCUCCCCACUCCCGCAGAGUUGGAGUGGGACCCGGCGGGGGACGUUGGGGGCCUCGGGCCUUUGGGGCAAAGGACAACCUGGACACCAGGGACUCCCUGUGAGCUGUGUGGCCACAGGGGCCCCCAGGGCAGGGGACAAAGCCUUGAGGACAUGCUCAUGUCAGGCCUCAGCCACCGGAAACACUUAACAGGUCACCGAAGACGAUCCCUGCUCCAGAAGUCUCAGGACAAGAUGAGGCAAGUAUCUCCCAAUGUCCAGGAUGUGAUGCUGGAGGUAGACCCUGGAGCCCCAACUCCUGCAUCCAGGCGGCCCCUGACCUUCCUCCUCCUCCUCCUUUUCCUUCUGCUGGUGGGUGCCACGCUGCUCCUGCCCAUGUCAGGGGGCUCCUGCUGCUCUCCUGCCCGACUGGCCAGGACACCUUACCUGGUGCUCAGCUAUGUCAAUGGUCCUCCCCCAGUCUGAGUACACAGUCCAGACAUAUGUAAUAA